AGUAGAUGAUUAGAUUAACGAAAUGUGUUCAAAUAGUUUCUAGGCUUACGAAAUCGGUUGUUCUGCUGGAUUUGGCGGGGUUGGUCGGAUCGUUUGAUUAUGGGUAAUGUUCUAUUCUCGUUACGUGCUGCACACCUCCAGAGCGGUAACGUGCUAAUCAUGGAGCAGUGGUUGUUAGGUGGAAAAAUAAGAAGUAAAGUAGUUAACAACAUCGAAUCAGAAGACCAUAGUGAGCCAGCGAAGAAAAGACCUCCUAGGAAGUAUUCAGAAGAAUAUCUGUCACUGGGAUUUACAAGUGUGGGGCCUGAACACGAUCCCCUGCCUGUCUGUGUGUUGUGCUCUGAGGUUUUAUCAAACGAGGCUCUAAAACCAUGCAAGCUGCGGCGGCAUUUGGACACGAAACAUGGACAGUACUCUUCCAAGCCAUGGGAAUUUUUUUAAAAUAAGCUGGCAGAAUAUCGGAUGCGUAAGAGAACAAUUGAAUCCACAUGUCUAAGUAGUGCUAGCGACAAUACCAAGGCUGUGGAGGUGUCCUAUCGGGUGGCGCAGCGAAUAGCAAGAACAGGAAAGCCACACACAAUCGGUGAGGAUUUUUUUCUUCCCGCUGCCAAAGAGAUGGUGGAAGUGAUGAUCGGGGAGAAAGCUGCCAAAAAACUGAACUUGAUUUCUUUGUCAGACAACACAGUAAAGAGACGCAUUGACGACAUGGCUACAGAUGUGUUAAAACAGCUAAUAAGCAGAGUAAGAGCAAGCCGCUUUUAUGCUCUCCAAAUUGAUGAGUCGAUUGUUAACUUCGCGCAUUUACUUUGUUUCGUCAGAUAUGAAUUUGAAGGGGAGAUACAUGAAGAUGUUUUGUUUUGCAAACCUUUACCGUCACGUACUACCGCGGAAACCAUUUUUGAAUCUCUGAAUGCAUUCGUGGUUUCCAAUGAUAUCGACUGGACCAAGUGUGUUGGGCUCAGCACUGACGGAGCACAAGCUAUGGUGGGGAGACUCAAUGGAGUCGCAAAAAGGGUCAAAGCCAUAGCUCCGCUGAUGACAGCUGUCCACUGCUGCCUACACAGAGAGGCACUGGCUACAAAGACUAUGUCUGCAGAGUUAAAGACCGUUUUAGAAGAAGCGGUGAGAGCUGUGAAUUUUGUUAAAAGUCGUCCACUACAGUCACGCUUGUUCUCCAUAUUAUGUUCAGAGAUGGGGAGCGAGCACCAACAGCUUCUCCUGCACACCGAAGUCCGGUGGCUUUCGCGUGGCAAGGUGCUCACUCGACUCGUUGAACUUCGGAACGAACUCAGAACAUUUUUCCUCGACUCUCGGUUUGACUUGUCAGACCGAUUUGGUGACUUCGAGUGGAUCUGUAAGUUGACCUAUUUGGCUGACAUAUUCGGCUACCUAAAUGGACUCAAUCUAUCCUUGCAGGGAAAAGCUGUGACCACAUUCCAUGUCCACAGUAAGAUAGAGGCCACAAUUCGGAAGCUCGAGCUAUGGGAGAGACGGGCCCGACAGAACAACUAUGAGUCCUUCGACAAUCUAUCAGAACUUCUCAUUCAAGAGGAAAGGCAGAUCCCGGAUUCUGUGGCAGAUGCCGUCACAGAACACCUGCAGACCCUGCGGACGCAGCUCCGGGUGUACUUCCCGGUGCUCAGCGAACAGCACCGCUGGAUUCAGAAUCCGUUUGCCUCCCAUAAUGAGGAUGUCCUCGCAGGUCUGAGCUCCAAAGAGCAAGACAGCCUUGUGGAGUUAUCUUGUGACUCUGCUUUGAAACAUGUCUUCACACAGAAGGAGUUAACACUUUCUGGAUGCACACACACACACAGAAUACACUGAUUUGGCAAACAAGGCAUUGAUGUUUCUGAUGCCUUUUAGCACCACAUAUUUGUGUGA